GCUUGGACGGUAACAAUUUCUAAAAUGCAGGGGCAGCUUCCUCCACCUCCUCCUCCACCAAAGACUGGUAUGGUUCAGUCUGAUGGUUCUGUUUCAACGGAGAGUAAGAAUUCACUAUCAAACCAGGAGAUUCCAAAAAUGGUUGCCGGGCAUCCUCCUCCAAGGCAGCAACCUCCUGUUCCAGGGCCUGCUUUAAUCCCAGGUUUACAGCCUGAUGUAUUACCCCCAGGAAUAUCCCGUUUUCCACCACCCCCACCACCACCUGACAUGAGGCCUCCUUUACCUGGGGCAGUACUCCCUGGUCAGGCACCACCACCUGGAAUGAUGGUUCCCCUAAUCCAUAGGCCACCAUAUGGCCCUCCACCUGGUCCUCCACCAAUGAUGAGGCCUCCACUUCCACCUGGUCCUCCUCCAAACUUCCAGGAAGAGGAUCAUAUGGCAAUUAGGCCGCCUCCCCCCCCUCCGAAACCAUCUUAUGUUAAAUCUGCUGCUUCCACUGUUGUUAAAAGGCCAUUAGCGCAACACACUCCAGAACUCACAGCUAUGGUUCCUGCAUCUGUGCGAGUGAGAAGAGAAACUGCAAUGAGUAAAACAAAACCGAAACCAGCAGUGCCAACCUCUAGGACCGUCUCUGGGACAUCAGGGCCAACUAUUGUAAAAUCAGAGUCAGUGAGCUCGUCAUCAGCUCCAAAAGGCCCGAGCAUUGAUGACUCUUAUACGGCUUUCUUGGAGGACAUGAAAGCCCUUGGUGCACUUGAUGGUUGAGAUUACGACGAGUGGCGGUGCGGUUAAUGGUGAUGGAUGUGCUCAAUGUAAUUUGUUUAUGUUCAAAUAUUCACUCUCUUGACCUCACUCAAUUUUUUGUUCUUGAUGAAAGUUAAUCAAGAUCGUCUACACUCGUUACU